CUGCAGGAAGUAGAGAGAAAGAGGAGCAGAAGGGGGCAGCAGCGACUGCCGCUAACGGCCUCGCUCGGCGCUGACAGGCUGGGCCGGCGCCCGGCUCGCUCGGGAGUUCGCGCCGCCGCCUCGGCCGCUCGGCUCCUGGGCCCCGACUUGCGGUGCGCGUCGGGCGAAGAGCUGCUACCGCCGCGCGGGGAGAGGCCCGGGCCCCGCCGCCGAGGGAUGUGAGUGGGAGCCGAACCCUCACGGGAGGGCCCCGGAGGGCCCAGCCUGGCGGACGCUCGGACCCGUGCCCUCUCUUGGGGCUUCGAAGACCUUGGCCGGCCGGAGGCGCCUGGUAGGAGCAGCCCCUGUGGGUUUGGGGGCGCAUCCUCGUCGUCCGAUCUGUGCAGCGGGUUUCAGACACAGGCAGGGGAACAAGAUGUGAACUGCUUUUCUUCUGCAGAAAAAGAGGUCCUUCCUCCUCUUCCCUCGACGGCAGAUGUUCUGAAAAAGAUUCUGCAUGGAAAUGGCUUGCCUUACAAUGACAGAAAUGGAAGGAACGUCCACAUCUCCUAUACAUCAGAAUGGUGAUAUUCCUGGAAAUGAUAAUUCUGUGAAGCAAAUAGAUCCGAUUCUGCAUGUGCAUCUUUAUCAUUCCCUUGGGAAAACUGAGGGAGAUUACUUGAAGUUUCCAAUUGGGAAGUAUGUUGCAGAAGAAAUUUGUGUUGCUGCUUCUAAAGCUUGUGGAAUCACACCUGUGUAUCAUAGUAUGUUUGCUUUAAUGAGUGAAACAGAAAGGAUCUGGUAUCCGCCCAACCAUGUCUUCCAUAUAGAUGAAUCAACCAGGCACGAUGUACUCUAUAGAAUAAGGUUUUACUUUCCUUACUGGUAUUGUAAUGGCAGCAACAGAACCUAUCGGCAUGGAAUAUCUCGAGGUGCUGAAGCUCCUCUUCUUGAUGACUUUGUCAUGUCUUACCUUUUUGCUCAGUGGCGUCAUGAUUUUUUGCAUGGGUGGAUAAAAGUACCUGUGACUCAUGAAACACAGGAAGAAUGUCUUGGGAUGGCAGUGUUAGAUAUGAUGAGAAUAGCCAAAGAAAAGGAUCAAACCCCACUGGACAUCUACAGCUCUAUCAGCUACAAGACAUUCUUACCAAAAUGUGUUCGUGCAAAGAUCCAAGAGUAUCAUAUUUUGACAAGGAAGCGAAUAAGGUACAGAUUUCGCAGAUUUAUUGAGCAAUUCAGCCAUUGCAAAGCCACUGCCAGAAACUUGAAACUUAAGUAUCUUAUAAAUCUGGAAACUCUUCAGUCUGCCUUCUACACAGAGCAAUUUGAAGUAAAAGAACCGGGAAGAGGUUCUUCAGGUGAGGAGAUUUUUGCAACCAUUAUAAUAACUGGAAACGGUGGAAUUCAGUGGUCAAGAGGGAAACAUAAAGAAAGUGAGACACUGACAGAACAGGAUUUACAGUUAUACUGUGAUUUUCCUGAUAUUAUUGAUGUCAGUAUUAAGCAGGCAAACCAAGAAGGCUCAAAUGAAAGCAGAAUUGUAACUAUUCAUAAGCAAGAUGGUAAAAACCUGGAAAUUGAACUUAGCUCAUUAAGAGAAGCUUUGUCCUUUGUGUCGUUAAUUGAUGGAUAUUACAGAUUAACUGCAGAUGCACAUCAUUACCUCUGUAAAGAAGUAGCGCCUCCAACGGUGCUGGAAAAUAUACAAAGCAACUGUCAUGGCCCGAUUUCAAUGGAUUUUGCCAUCAGUAAACUGAGGAAAGCAGGUAAUCAGAGUGGACUCUAUGUACUUCGAUGCAGUCCUAAGGACUUUAAUAAAUAUUUUUUGACUUUUGCUGUCGAGCGAGAAAAUGUCAUUGAAUAUAAGCACUGUUUGAUUACAAAAAAUGAGAAUGGAGAAUACAACCUAAGUGGGACUAAAAAGAACUUCAAUAAUCUUAAAGAUCUUUUGAAUUGCUACCAGAUGGAAACUGUUCGCUCAGACAAUAUAAUUUUCCAGUUUACGAAAUGCUGUCCCCCAAAGCCAAAAGAUAAAUCAAACCUUCUAGUCUUCAGAACCAAUGGUAUUUCUGAUGUGCCCACCUCACCAACAUUACAGAGGCAUAAUAAUGUGAACCAAAUGGUGUUUCACAAAAUCAGAAGUGAAGAUUUGAUAUUUAAUGAAAGCCUUGGCCAAGGCACUUUCACAAAAAUUUUUAAAGGCAUAAGAAGAGAAGUGGGAGACUAUGGUCAACUGCAUGAAACAGAAGUUCUUUUAAAAGUUCUGGAUAAAGCACAUAGAAACUAUUCAGAGUCUUUCUUUGAAGCAGCAAGCAUGAUGAGCCAGCUUUCUCACAAGCAUCUGGUUUUAAAUUAUGGAGUAUGUGUCUGUGGAGAGGAGAAUAUUCUGGUUCAGGAGUUUGUGAAAUUUGGAUCAUUAGAUACAUAUUUGAAAAAGAAUAAAAAUUCUAUAAACAUAUUAUGGAAACUUGAAGUGGCUAAACAGUUGGCAUGGGCCAUGCAUUUUCUAGAAGAAAAAACCCUUAUUCAUGGGAAUGUGUGUGCCAAAAAUAUUCUACUUAUCAGAGAAGAAGACAGGAAGACAGGAAAUCCUCCUUUCAUCAAACUUAGUGAUCCUGGCAUUAGUAUUACAGUUUUGCCAAAGGACAUUCUUCAGGAGAGAAUACCAUGGGUACCACCUGAAUGUAUUGAAAAUCCUAGAAAUCUAAACUUGGCAACAGACAAAUGGAGUUUCGGUACCACUUUGUGGGAAAUCUGCAGUGGAGGAGAUAAGCCUCUGAGUGCUUUGGAUUCUCAAAGAAAGCUACAGUUUUAUGAAGAUAGGCACCAGCUUCCUGCGCCAAAGUGGACAGAAUUAGCAAAUCUUAUCAAUAAUUGUAUGGAUUACGAACCAGAUUUUAGACCUUCUUUCAGAGCUGUCAUACGAGAUCUUAAUAGUUUGUUUACUCCAGAUUAUGAACUGUUAACAGAAAAUGACAUGUUACCGAAUAUGAGGAUAGGUGUCCUCGGGUUUUCUGGUGCUUUUGAAGACCGAGACCCUACACAGUUUGAAGAGAGACACUUGAAAUUUCUGCAGCAACUGGGCAAGGGUAAUUUUGGGAGUGUGGAGAUGUGCCGGUAUGACCCUCUACAAGACAAUACUGGGGAGGUGGUGGCUGUGAAAAAGCUCCAGCACAGUACCGAAGAACACCUCAGAGACUUCGAAAGGGAAAUUGAAAUCCUUAAAUCCCUGCAGCAUGACAACAUUGUAAAGUACAAGGGAGUGUGCUACAGUGCUGGCCGGCGCAAUCUAAGAUUAAUUAUGGAAUAUUUACCAUAUGGAAGUUUACGAGACUAUCUCCAAAAGCAUAAAGAACGGAUAGAUCAUAAAAAACUUCUGCAGUACACAUCUCAAAUAUGCAAGGGUAUGGAAUAUCUUGGUACAAAAAGGUAUAUCCACAGGGAUCUGGCAACAAGGAAUAUAUUGGUGGAGAAUGAAAACAGAGUUAAAAUUGGAGAUUUUGGGCUAACCAAAGUAUUGCCACAAGACAAAGAAUACUACAAAGUGAAAGAACCUGGUGAAAGCCCCAUAUUCUGGUAUGCUCCAGAAUCACUGACAGAGAGCAGGUUUUCCGUGGCCUCAGAUGUUUGGAGCUUUGGAGUGGUUCUGUAUGAACUUUUUACAUAUAUUGAGAAGAGUAAAAGUCCACCAGCGGAGUUCAUGCGUAUGAUUGGCAAUGACAAACAAGGGCAGAUGAUUGUGUUUCAUUUGAUAGAACUCCUAAAGAAUAAUGGAAGAUUACCAAGACCAGAUGGAUGCCCAGAUGAGAUUUAUGUGAUCAUGACAGAAUGCUGGAACAAUAAUGUAAAUCAACGCCCCUCUUUCAGACACCUAGCUCUUCGAGUUGAUCAGAUAAGGGACAAUAUGGCUGGAUGAAAGAAACGAACUUCACUCUGAGACCAAAACAGAAUUAGAGAACAAAGUUUUGUAUUUCAUAUUGCUGUAGACUAUUAUUACAUAUAUUAUUGUUAUGUAUAUUAUGAUGCUAGCCAGCAAUGAUGUGGAAAUAUCUGCUCAAAACUUUCAAAAUUGAGUGAGUUUUUCUUCAAGAAGGCACCAAAGAAAUGGAUGAAAAUUUCUUAGCAAAGAAUUUUGUAAAGUUUCAUGAACCUGAUCAGUCAGUUAACAUCAUCUUUCUUUGGCGAAAGAAAAAUAAUAGACUUUUUUCAACUCAGAAUUUUGAGAAAUGAAAAGCUUGUAAUAUAAGUUUUGCAAUGUUAAGAAUGUGCAGAAUACAUAUGUACAGUUUUUACCACAGUGAAUGUAUACUACCUUGGCAUCUUGUGUGAUGUUUUACACAAGGGCCGGUAUUCAUUAAUAGUGUUUUCUAACUUUUUUAUAGUUGAUCUACAGUAACUUCACGAUACAAACAAAUUAAGAUGCUCAGAUAAUUGAAUAAGCACCUUUGUGUCCUUGUUCAUCUGUCUCAUUGGCCAGCAAUAUAAGCAGGUAUACACUUUUAGCUUGUAGCUGUAUGUAUUGUAAAUAUUUUUCAAAGAAAAGGGAACAAAUAUUUAGUUUUAUUUGUUUAGGAAAUCUCCCUGACUCUAAAAAAUACAUUUUGAAAUGGAACAAGUUUACAAAGCUGUAACACAAUCUAUUUUCUUAUUUGUCUCCCUUGUUUCUGUUUGUGGUAUGUUUUUUUUUUUUAAUAGAACUAUCUCCAAGUUUUUCUAAGACUAUGGUGAAUAGUUUUCUUUUACAAUUUUGAGAUUAUGAAUGUAGGGAUAUUGUCAUCCCUUGAGCUGUUGGCUGCCAGUGAGAUUCUUCAAUCCCUGGGACCUAUAGACAUGCAUUAAAUUAAGUGUAAGCCAUAAAAUAAUGUUGUUUUUAAAUAUAUAAACUUAUUAAGAUGCAUAGUGAGUUAGGAAUUUUUUUUUCUAAAGACUAUAUUUUAGGGAUUUCAGAAAUCUGUUGCAGUUACAGAAGAAAUUUCCUUUUGUUGGAGAUUCUUAUAUACAAAGAAGAAAUGAGAGUAAAUUGGUGGAAAAGUAUACUUAUUUUAUUCAAGAAUGCCAGUAGAAAAUUCAUAAUGUAUGCCUUUUAAGAAAAAUGAGAGUGUACAUAUUUUCAAUGAAGUAAAAAGGGUUGUUUAUUAUUGUCUUCAUUUGUUUUAGUGCUACUCCAUUUUAGACACCAUACGUAAAAUAUGGUGGGGUUUAUUGUUUUAUUUAUACUAAGUUUAAAGUACUUAGUAUUUUGGUUAAAAAGAAAACAGUUUCUUUAUUUUCAGUGUUAUAUGCUAUUUUUUUAAACUUGUACUUAAGACUUUUGAUUAUUUUUCUAUUUUUUGGAGCUGGUUUUAAAAUGCAAAUUACAUAAGAAAAAAUGCCUCACACAUACAGUUUGAGAUUUUUUGGUUGGACUGAAGAAAUGCUUUUUACGUGAUCUUUAAAGCAUCUUAGUAGUUAGUGACUGCAAAAAUCAUCUAAAAUGAUAGUAUAUUAGAUUUUUAAAGGUUUCUAGUAGAUGUUUUGAUGAAAGUUAAAUAUAAUUUUUAUUUAAUUUGUGAAGAUUCCUCAAGGAUCUGUAAAUAUAAUGCAGUUAAAGAUCUUCCAUUCUGCUGCUUUUCAAAUUAAAAGCAUAUCACAUGAUAUGCUUGAUUUUAGAUUUUUGUACUAAAACUUAAAUACUUAAAGGUAGAUUCUUAAAGGUCUAAAACAUUUUGUUUGUUUUUAAAAACAAAUGUUAACUAGAUUUCUUUUAAAAAAUAUUUGUAAUGUUUCAUUUUUAAGAAAAAAAUCCCAUAUAAACAUUCUUAAGUAUUUAGAGUGGGAUAACUACCUUAUUGUAAAAUUCUAAGUUUUCAAGUGAAUUACUAUUCAUUAAGGGUUAGUGAUGUUUUACAUUUUGAUUGUGACCAAACAUAAAAAGAAAUUAACCCUGUUUAGUUGGUUCUGCAGAAGAAACCGACAAUUAUUGUACCAACUAAUACCAAAAUGUUUCUUGAAAUUAAUAUUCUUCAGAAACGAGGGUAAAGAUUUUCUUAGAAUUCUCUAAUUCUGUAAAUAUUCUAGUAUAUUAAGUUAAACAGUUUUUAUAUAAAUAAUUCCCUAUGUCCAUGGCUACCUACUUUGGGAAAUAGUCACUUUUUAAUGUUAUUUAUAUAUAUGCUGCCAGUAGCACUAUAAUUUGCUGUGAAAGAGUGCUUUUUUACAACCCAAGAUUUCUGCUAUAAAGUCAAGUGAAAUUUUUAUCACAACUAUAACUUCCAAUAUUUCCAUUUUAUUUGAACAGUUUUAUUAUAGAGUAGACAUUAGGAAAUACCUACAGUUCUAUACCUGGGGAACCAUUCUCCAUGGGGUGGCAUUAUGUGGGCAGUUUAUUGAGACUGUGUUAUUUUCUUUUUUGUGCCUUUAGCAUGUUCUCACAAAAUUGAAGUAUUGAUGUAAUAAAUAUUCAGAAGUUAUUUUCUUUUGUACUGUCACCUAACCAAGGAAGUGGGGUACAUACAGUGGUUUAGGAAUAUGCAAAAAAAAAAAAAAAAAGCCUUUUAUAAUAGUAAAUUAUCUUUAGAUUUUUUUAAAGAAAUGCUUCCUAAGGUUGCUCUCAACUACUGUGUGCUCUUUAUGAACAUUGCUGUAUCCACUCUGGUUUCUGGAAUUUAAAUUAUUUCUCAUGAAAUUUUCUCUAAUUUUCUAGUAUAACUUUCUAAAGAUCUUUCAGUUUACUAUAUUAGAAUAACUAAUAAGAGUAAGUAUAAGUCAGCAGGAUUACCCAAACAAAAGACUAGAUUAUAUGAGAUAAACUUCAUUCUAUUUAAGGAAAAAAAUCAGAGUAUGUAUAUCAGAAAAUACUUUGUGUUGUGUUUACCCCCAGAUUUGGGUUAGUGGUACUUAAUUUCAAGACAGCUAGCUGCUAAGUGUUUCAUGAUGCUAACAGUAACAUUAGAGAGAUUUCAGAAUGACAUCAAAAGAUGAAAAUUCUAAAACUUUCACAUUAAUCAUAUUUAUACAAUAUGUAUAUCAUAUAGCCUUUAACUUUUCAUAUGAUCAAAUUCUUAGUAAAAUGUACAUGCUAUACCUAAAUAUUAAAAUAUUUAAUUGUUUUUAUUACAAUAUGUUCUUCCUUAGAUUAAGAAAUUAAUUUCUAUUGUGCUUAUACUAGAUGGCAUUGCUUAAUUGGCACAAGCCCUAAAUAAGGUUCAUUUUUUUAAUCUUACAAAUGUAUAAGAAAAAGCCUUGUCUCCAAUUGAAAUACCACUCUUUAUUAAUAUGGUUUUAAAAGUUGUUAAUGAUAUGUUUUAUGUGCUGGUAGUCUCAGCCUAUCAAUAACUAAUGUGUGGUUGAACCAUCCUUGUAGUUAUUAUGACUGCAAGAUGCAGUUGAGGAAUAACUAUCAGAAAACUUUGGAGAAAAAAAAAAAUAAAGGUUCAUUACUUAUAGGACCUGGAAAUUACCUAGCAGACCUGGGGCCACACAGUGAAGGCCCGGGGUCGAGAAAGAGAGUACAGGGGCCUGGGUUUUUUUUUGUUGUGGUCAAGGGUGGGGGCCUAGGGUUUUGUGGGCUCUUUAUUGGUGAAUUUAAAACAUAACAGCAGGAAUUUAAAGCAUAGGAAGAGAAAAAAACAAGUUGUUCAAAUGGUCAAUUAUUGAAAUUAACCAAGAUAUCAGAAACAAAGGAGACUUAGUAGAGGGAGGUAGACUGGUUCUUCUUCUAGGCAAAUAUAUAUGUGGCUGGCAAUGUGUGUAUUGGAGAUCACCUCUUUGAAGUGGAUGCAUCUGCAAUCAAAAUGUAAGUCAGAUAUUUGCAUUACAGAAAAGAAAACCCAACUGUCAGGGCUUAUAGUACAUGAUCCAUUAUAAAGCCUUUUUUUGCAUAGGAAUUGCUUAACAUCUUUCUUUUUAACACAACUGGAUUUAUAAAAUGAGAUGGUUAAAAGAACUCUUAAGAGUCCCUGUUCCAGUCAUCCAUAGUCUUAGAUUUUGUGAAUAGUUUUGAUUUUAAUAUCUGUAGUAGGAAGCACUCCUAUAAAUAUUUCUUGGGGUCAAGUCAGACAGCUUUGAGGAGCGUGAACAGACAGAAUCAUAGCUUUUAGAUCUGACUUUUGGUAAAUAAUAAAUAUUGCAAGGUGGUAAGAAAAAGAUGGUGUUAAACAAACAAAACUUGAAUGGCCAAAAGCUUUUCUAAAAGAAAGGGUUUCUUGAGCCAUGUGCUAGCCAGAAAAGGACCCGGGUCCUGGGGCAGGAAGUUUAAACAACCAUCAUCAGGGCUAAGCAGACAAGAUAAACAUGUCUGCCGUCCUGGAGUUGAUGGGCACUUUCACACAUUGUGUUUUGGGGAAGAAAGAUGUAAGUUGCUUUGAAAGAAUUGACCUUGGUUACAGAUAAGGGGAGUGGGAGAGGGUGAACCAGGGGCAGUUCUACGAUAGGCGCACAGUCUGUAAUGAAGAAUUGUUUACAUCGUUUGAUUGGUUACAGGCAACAAUCCAGAAAAUUCAUGUAUAUGUAGGAUGUGGUGGUGUCUAGCAGUUGGCUAAUAGAGGGCUGGAGGUUGUUUCAAAGCUCCAGCAUCCAUCCAGGAAUGUGAGCAGUCUUUUCUUAGUUGGAACACAGCUAUGUUAACUUAAAAAUAAAGACCUUUCAAAGUGAGAGGCAACGUUUACUUGAGAUCAAUAAGAAUAGCCAUUUGGGAUUCAUUUAGGCAGAAGCCCAUAGUGUUCUGAUUGGAAGACAGGCAAUGGGUAUUUAUGAGAAAGGGAAGGGGAACAAUUACAUCAAUAGAAGAAAGCUAUUGGUGCUGAUAACAUAGUGAUGUUAAUUCUUUUUUUAAAAUUAAAUUUAUUGGGGUAACAAUGGUUAGUAAAAUUACAUAGGUUUCAAGUGCACAAUUCUGUAAUACAUCAUCUAUAUAUCACAUUGUGCAUUAAUUCUAAACAAUGUUUUAAAUUUUAAGUUUGGUAGUCAUCAGUCCAGUAGUCGAAACAACUGCUUUCUUGUUAUUUUUGCAAACAGUUCUUUGGGACACGAUGUUGCAUUCGGCCCAGUCCAAAGGUUCUUUUGCCCUGUUUUUACAUUGCAAAGAUUUGAGGCAUAAGACGUGCAAGGCAGUUCCUCUGGCAUGGCAGCUCCAGCUCCAUUUUAAAGUGGCUCCAUUUAUAUUAUUGUUUACAUUCCCCCCUUUUGAUCAGGAUCUUUCCUUGAAAGUGUUGCUGAUCAAUUAUUGGAAAGCAGCACUGAUCAGUUAUUAAAAUCAUCAUUGGUCUUCAAUUGUCAGGUGGCUCGUUUUGGAUCUGUCAUCCCAGUCCCUCAUCUAAGAAGGCUCAUUCCUGCUAUGUCACGGCCCAUGCAGAAAGUGUCUUUUUAGGAGCCUUAGGUCACAUUUUAGCAACAAGAGCACCAGAUCAGAGGAAGGCUUUCACCGUCAUCUCUCUUUAAGGAUAGACAUCUGUAGUUUCUUGGGUUUCUCAUAUGAAGUCUCAUAGGCUGUAGCAAUCAUCUCAAAACAUUGAGCAACCACUAUCAGAAUGGUGUCCUUAUAACUUCGAGCUAUGCAAAACAAAGAUGUAUAACAGCAGAAGUUUUUAUAAUAAACAGAAUGGUAAGUUCAAGUUAAAGAAUAAAUCUGAGGGCAGUCAGCUGAGGAUAUUAAAGAACCAUGAGGUGUUGGUGAGCCCUGUGCAAUGGGCAUUUUAUAGUGGUUCUGUUUAUAUAUUCCUGUUUACAGCUAUUAACUGGUUAACAAUUCUCGUCUCUUUUUCUCACUGGCAGCUGUAAUUUAAUUUAGAACAUCUCAAAUUUUCUCUCUUCAGUGAUUUAGCAGGAUGUGGUAAAGACAGCCGUCAGCUGAUAAGGGACAUUAUCAGUUGCAGAUGAUCCGAUAUCAGAGCAAGUACUAAACACAAAUGAAAGCGUGCAAUAGAUUUAUUGAUCAAUUAUCCUUUCAAGCACAAUUGUAUACAUAGAUGAAAAUGUUUAGUUGUGCUUUUCACACAAAAGACAAUUAAGUGGGGAGUAUUUUUAAUGAAAAAGUUUAUGGUCUUUCAAAUGCUUGGAAUAUAUAUGAAUCUCAGUGUGAAUUUUCUAUUAGCAUGUAGCAUAAGAUUGUGAGUUGGAAUUUAUUUACUGAAAUUAAAAACAUUAGCGAUCAAGGAAAUCAUAGAUACUAAAGAAAAUGGACACAAUGAGAAAGAUAAGCCUAACACUCAAGGCACUCAAUUAUGAAAAUAUCUACUUGAAAUAUGCUUUUCAACUUCAACUACCUGAAAUACACAUAUGACACUUUCUUCCUCUGCAUAAAAGUGUUUUUCAAGGUUGCUGUAACAAUGAAUGUAGACAUUCCAAAUUUUUAGUAUAAAAUUUUUUUUCUAUCCUUAGUAACAUUUAAGACGUCUUAAUUUUUGGUUGGAGAAGAAAAAAGUUGUUUGCAGAAUCAGACUUUAUCCUGAUUCUUAAAAAUAACCGAAUUCUCUAAUACUGAUCACAGUACUUUUAAUCUGCCUAACCAGGGUGUCUAUGAUCAAAGCCCUUGAUGUGCACACUUCGGGUGGCUCAAAGCUAAAUGACAAAUCGGAAGCGGUUUGUGCUGAAUGAUAGCACUUAUUGACUGCUGUUCAGAAAGUGUUUUAACAACAGAGUAACAGUCACUAUUUCCUGCAAAUCCUGCCAGAACAUUUUUUUUCUUUCCUUCUUUUAAAAAAUGUUUUAAAUCCUUGUUUCUACCAGUAAUUCUGAGGAUAGCAUGAAUCUCCUAGUACCACUUCUUUUCCUUCUGUGUUUAGUUUUAUAACACUGCAUUGCAGCUGUUGAAUAGGAAUUCUUGAUAAUAUGUGUAAAGUUAUUGUUGACAAAGAACAUUAAAACUGAGUUUUUUUAA